AUGAAAUCAGUUCAAGUUUAUGUCGUUUUAUUAUUAAUACAUGUCACAUGUGGACAUAUGCAAGCAUCAUCAAGUGUUCGAGAAAUCCCUAAUGUAUCAUUUUCGAAUACAUAUACUUCAUUACAAACUGCAUUGCCAUUGUCAAUUAAAACGAAGCAACACUUGCGUGAUCAAUUAGUUCAUUUGACAGAGCAACUAUCUUCGUUAACAUUAACUAGCACGGAUCGAAUUAUGCGUGAGAUAUAUUUACAAUCAUUAAAUACAUUUAUCAUUGAAAAACGUAAUCUAACUGAGCUUGUUCUUGAAAUGGCAAAUUAUACCAAUGGUGCCAUUAUGAAAAAAUUAGAAGCCAUUCGAAAUUUAGUUACCAUCAGUGAACAAUCAUAUCGAAGAUUUGCUGAAACAGAUGAUACAACACGAAAUGCGACGGCUAAAUUUAUGGCGAUAUAUGGAUAUUUCAGUUCAAAACAUGUGCUUAAUAUUACAAUAAAUAGUACGAGUGAGAACUCAUCAUCCAACACAACAUCGUCAACGAUGACAAAUUUAGAGAGCAGCUCAUUAUCGAUGAUAACUCAAGAUGAAUUAACAACGGAGACUUAUUCAACAAGUACUGAUAUGAAUGAUAUGUCAUCUGGUGACCCAGCUCAGUCGUUAAGUGAAUCAGAAAGCGAAUACAAGGCAUUAGAGAAAGAAUUGCUUAUCCAGCAAAAGAAACAUUUCGGCGGCGCUUUUGUUAAUAUAACACAUAGUACAGUACACGUUCCCACGAUCAUCUAUUCUCUAAAUAGAGAAAUUCUAUUAACAGCCAAUUGGUCUUAUAAUCUAAAUCAAGCGUUCAUAGAUAAUUAUAAUCAUGACCCGGAAUUGACAUGGCAAUACUUUUGCAGCCAAACAGGUCUGUAUCGUGUCUGGCCCGGUCACAUAUGGGAAUACCCUGAAGAUGACACAGAUAAAUUAGAUUUAUUCGAUUGUCGGGUACAAAAUUGGUAUAUUCGAGCAACAUCAUCACCACGUGAUGUAAUUAUUUUAAUUGAUGCCAGCGGUUCGAUGACUGGAUUAAAAAAAUCAAUUGCCAUACAAACAGUUGAAACUAUUCUUGAUACUUUAUCAGACGAUGAUUUUGUGCAAAUAAUUAAAUUUCAAGAGGAUGCUGAAUUUAUCGAUGAUUGCUUUCGAGAGGGACUCGUUCAAGCAACAUUCGAAAAUCGACAUAAAUUUCGUACAUCAGUUAAUACUAAUAUUAAAACAGAAGAUAUAGCAAAUUUUUCAAAAGCACUCAACAAGGCAUUUGAUAUCUUAGAUAGUGCCCGUACAAAUAUAUCUCGAACAGAAAAUGCAAGAUUAUUAUGUCAAUGUCAUUAUUUAUCUACCGAUAAUCAAACUGAAGCACAACAUGAAUCAUUUUGUCCAUCCGAUUUUAAUGCAAAUCCUUACGCCGAAGAUGAAGAACCAUUUUUAGAUAGUACAGGAUGCAAUAAAAUGAUCAUGAUUGUUACUGAUGGUGCUACAGAAACUGCUUUGAAUGUUUUUCAAAGUCGAAAUUGGUAUCCAAAUAAUGUUUCAACGUGUCAUCCGAUCGAAACUCGAGUAUUUACCUACAUGAUUGGACGAGAACUAGGCGAUCCGAAACAUAUUCGAUGGAUGUCUUGUGCUAAUAAAGGUUAUUUUGCUCAUGUAUCAACAUUAGAAGAUAUUCAAGAAAAUGUUGAGGAUUAUAUUCCUGUAACAGCGCGCCCGAUAGCUAUGUACAAUGAUCAUGUAACUGUUUGGAGUAGUGUCUUUCUUGAUGUCGAAAGAACAUUACCAAUAAAAACAUAUAAAUGGUUUCCAUUUAAAUUUUCUGAUUUGUCCAUAUCGAUGGAUGAGUUUAAAAAUAAAUCGAAGCCUGUUAACUUGAUGAUUUCAAUUGCACAACCGAUUCUAAAUCCACCGGAACAUGCACGCGAUGAAACAAUUUUAUUAGGAGCUGUCGGAGUUGACAUUCCGGUUAAACUUUUACAAGAAUUUUCACCCAAAUAUCGACUUGGUGUUCAUGGUUAUUCGUUUAUGAUUAAUCAUAAUGGUUAUCUUAUGUUUCAUCCAGAUUUACGACCUGUGUUGGGUCCAUAUCGUAAACAAAAUUAUCAUUCCAUUGAUUUGGAUAUGGUAGAAAUUCCAUAUAAUCUUAUGAAAUUUGUCCAUCCUUUACCAGAUAGUAAAAUUCAAAACAUACGAAAAGAUAUGGUUUUGUCGAUUGCAAGUCAACGUUCCGCAAGAGUUAAAAAACAUUUAGACGAUAUGAGACGAAUAGAAGUAGUUGAACAAAAUUAUUUUUAUGCAACACUGGGUGACAAAGAAUCAAAUCCUUUCACUUUGGGUAUUGUUCUACGUUUUCCUUAUGGUGAAUCUCAAGUUCGAACAGUUGAACCGGCAACGGAAAAAGUUAAAACAGCUCUUCGUUUUAUUCGUCAACGAAAUGUUCGUAUUGCUGAUUGGAUUUAUUGUAAUUCGACGGCUGAAGAUGAUAUUGGCGAUACAGAAGAAUCGUUUCGCGGUUAUUUAAAAGAAAAAAUUGAAACUGAUCGAAUUGCUUCAUGUCCAUAUGAAGCCAGUCGACAAUUAAUAUACAUGAUGAUUGAAGAAUUGUAUAUAAUGAGUAAAUUCGAAAAUUGGACAAAAACUGGUGUAGCCGAUCGUGAAUUUAAAAGACCAUUGGAUCAAUCGGCUUAUUUUGAUUUUAAAGAAUAUCAAAAUGAAAAUCAUUUACAUUGGAUAUUUUUAGCAACACGGUCAGGUAUAACUGCCUAUUGGAGACUAUAUCAAUUAGCUAAUGAAGAACAUAUAAGACAAUUUGGUGAUGCAAAUCCAAAUUCAAUCGAAUCAAGUUAUUAUGAACGCACCAUAAAUGCAACUUAUACGUACGGUGCCGAUCAUAUUCAUGGUGAUCAUCAUAUUUAUUCACUUUUUUUUGGAAUAUCAAAUAUACCAACAAAUAAUUCACAUAUGGGUUUUGAUAAUCAUACAAAUGCAACAGAAGCGAAUAUGGGACCAUCAACACCAAUGUCGACAUCACAUAUGUAUCUAGUUAUAACAACGGCUAUAUGGAUGAAUCAAACAGUUCAUACACCCAAGCAAACUGCGCAAAAUGUUCCAUUUGGAGUUUUUGGAGUUAUGCUACCGUAUAAAACAGUUCGUGCAAAACAAUUUUCAAAUCUAUGCGCUCCAUUGGAUACGGGUAUAUGUUAUAUUAUUGAUGAAAAUGGCUAUAUUAUGUUUGUUAGUCCACAAGAUGGAAAAGAUCGAAUAGAUGAUAUUGGCAAGUUUUUGGGCGAAUUUGAAGCAUCAAUCAUGUAUGAUCUUGUAGCCAAAAAAAUCUUUUCAGAAGUAAAAAUGGUCGAUUUUCAAGGCGUUUGUUUACAGCGCCAAUUACGAUUAGAAAAAAAUUCUGGCCAUUAUUUCCGUGGCAUUCUACAAGCAAUGUCACUGAUGUUUUGGAAUAUCAUCAAUCAUUUAGCAGUGAUAAUUAUUCGUGACGUUAUGUUUUUUCCUCAAUGGUCUUAUGCAACAAAAAAAGCUAAUAACAUCAAUCAAACUGUAACCGUUGAGAAACCUAUACGUAAAAACCAUACACGAGAAAGUCUGAGUAAUAUUCUCUUAACACACAUUGAUUUCCGUCAUCCGACAUUGCAUCAUAAAGUAUUAAAUACAACUAAAGAUGAUGAAACUAUCGAGAAAAUUCCUGAAGCAUGUAUUGAAGAAUUUAAUUUGUAUGUAUCUACAUGGAAAGGAUGGCAAGGGCCGUUACCAUCGAAAGAUAAUAGAGUAUCGUGGGAACAAGUUGAAAAAGAGAAUACAAUAUAUGGAAUAGUUAAUUGUACGCUUUCAGUAAAAGAAGCUCCAGAAAAUUCUGACGAUUCAUAUGAAAAUACAACUAAUUCAACAAAUGGUUCAACAAUAGUACCACCAGUGUUGGCUCCUGAAUCAUACAGUUAUUCAAUAUCGAAAAUUCCCAAGAGUAAUUUGAUGUUGAUCUAUGCAAAUCAUUCCACAGAAGCAUCUUUAUCAUGUGAAAAAUUAAUAAUAAAACGUAAACCAGUCGAAUUUACGCCUGAAGAAUGGUGUACACGUUUAAAAACAACACCGUACCGUGAACGGCCGCAUAAAUGUUUUUUUGUACACGACGGAGAAAACAAAACUUUAUUUUCGAAAUGUUCGAAUGCCGAUCGCGUGACGCAUCGAAGUCUAUUUGUAGUAUUAACUGUAAUUAUUAUUGAACUAUUUCGUUUUACUAAUUGA